AUGAAUCUGUGCAGACUGCUCUAUCUACUGGGAUUUCUUAUCAUCUGCAAAGGUGACGAGGAGAGCGGGGAUUCGGAGUUGUGCGAUGACUUUACGGACCUGAACCUGUCUCACUGCUUCAUGGGGACGUCUCUGUACGUCCGUCUGCUGCUCUACACUCGCUCCAACCCGGAGUGCGGCCGGGAGCUGCAGCACCGCCACCCGUCCGACCAGCCGCUGUUCCAGGCCUCGCUCCCCACCGCCUUCGUCAUCCACGGCUACAGGCCCACCGGAGCGCCCCCUAUCUGGAUCGACCAGGUGGUGCAGCUGCUGUUGGCCCACGAGGACAUGAACGUGAUCGUGAUGGACUGGAACAAAGGUGCGGCGAACCUCAACUACUUCACCGCCGUCACUUACACCAGAGAAGCGGCGCAGAAUCUCACCGGGUUUAUCCUCACCAUGCAGGAGGAGGGAGCGUCUCUGGACCACAUCCACCUGAUCGGGGUCAGUCUGGGGGCUCAUCUGGCCGGGUUUGUGGGAGCGCAGCUGAAAGGGAAGAUCGGCCGCAUCACAGGCCUGGACCCGGCUGGACCCAUGUUCACCAGCGCCGGUCCAGACGAGAGACUGGAUCCAUCUGACGCUCAGUUUGUGGACGUCCUGCACACGGACAUGGACUCUUUCGGGCUGAGAGGCGCACACGGCCACAUUGACUUUUAUGCAAACGGAGGAGCCGACCAGCCAGGGUGCCCCAAGACCAUCUUUGCAGGAAAGUCGUAUUUUGUGUGUGACCACCAGAGGGCAGUGUUCCUGUAUCUCUGCGCCCUGAACCAGACCUGCUCCAUCACCGCGUUUCCCUGUUCGUCAUACAGCGACUUUCGAGACGCAAAAUGCCUCCAGUGUGAAGCCUUCAGACCAGCGCCCUGCCCCAAGCUCGUGUACGACAUGAGUCCAUGGAGAGAGGCUCUGAUCCGAGCAGGACAAACCAAAGUGUUCUUCAGCACCUCGUCCACCCUGCCGUACAGAAAGCUGAGCUACAGAGUGGAUUUGGUCACGUGGAACCAGUACCUGCGCUGGGGCGUGGUCUAUAUACGGUUCCACAGCGGCAAAAGCGUCACAGAGGCCAGAAUCGACCAUAAACUCCUGCGUUUCGAGCAGUUCACCUCCACUCGGCUCCUGGCAGAGUUUGAUGACGACAUUUCCUCGAUUCAGAAAAUCAGCCUCAGGAUCAACACCGGCAACGUGAUCGGACCCAGAUACAAGAUCAGACUGAUGAGGGUCCGCUUCAGCCCCCUGGACCAGCCCCACAGGCCCGUGAUGUGCCGCUACGACAUCAUCAUGGAGGAAAACAUGGAGGUGUCCUUUCGCCCGCAGCCGUGUAACUGA